AAAGACCUGAGAACCACGUCCCUUAGGUCUACAGGCCAGGACUAUACUUUCGGCUUGGUCCCAAUCUUCAUUUCUACUUGCGCAUAUCUGUCCGCUUGAAAUUGGGUGAUAGGGGAUAUUGAUCGGAGUUUUGUAGAGCCGUCGGAGUUUGAAUGUCCUCAACCUAAAAGGCAACAGCCGGCAUUUCCCGUUUCAUCACCCUUCUGUGUUGCUCCCCUUUUCCAACCUCAGUCCUUUCGUCCACCUCCUUUGAACUCUUCUUUAGUGUUACAUCAGUUCAUAAUGUCUGAGCCCACUACUACCGCCGCUACCACUGAAGUCAUGGCUGAGGCGCCCGCUGUUGCCGUGAUUGCCCCUGAGACUAAGACCACCACUGACCCUGCCCCUGUUACCGAAGGUGCCACUGAGACCCCUGCCUCAGCAACUGAGGCAGAGGGAGCCACCUCAAAGCCCGAGAAGACUGAGGUGCCCAAGGAAAAGAAGAGUCCAACGAUACUACAGAAAUUGCUGGCGCCUUUCAAGGGGUCCAGAAGUCCUAAAAAGGAAAGGAAGGCUCUUGAGAAGGAGUCCAAGCCUGUCAAGGUUUCUCGUCGCAUCUCGGCUCGUGUCGGCGAGCUGUUCAAGCCGAAGCCAAAGAAGGAGGUAGCUCCCGCCCCCAAGGCAGACGAACCUGCUCCCAAGAUUGAGGAGCCCGAGCGUGUUGCCCCUCUGGAAACGCCUGCACCAGCAAUGGCGUCCGCUGUUGAGGAGCCUGCUGCCGAGACUAAGACCGAGGAGACCCCUGCUGCCCCACCGGCUGCUCCUGCCGUCGCCGCUGCUGCCUGAAAGAAUGCUUCGUCGUUUAUGGUUCUACUUAUGUCCUUUUACGAACGUAUUUGCGUGGUUUCUGUGGAUUCUUUUCUUUUGAUCUCUUGGAACUGGAAGUGGCAUGACAAGCCUUCCCAUUCUUC